CAGUCAGGUGCAAAGAGAUGCUGCACCCAUGACAGGGACACAGAGCUUCGGAGGCUGAGGACACUCCAGGUGCUGUCGCGGAGACCAGGACAGGGCGGAGGGUCCCAGCGGGGGGAGCCGGACCCCGCACACCCAAUGGUUCCACAACCCCAUGGAGCCCGGCCGCCAUGGUCCUUGGCUGGCUGCGGCGGCUGCUGCUGCUGCUGCUGGUGACAGCGCUGCCGCGGGGUGCGACAGGCAUCAAGGACUGUUUCUUGUGCGAGCUGACCGACUCCACGCUCUGCCCCGGCACCCGCGUGCACUGCGGGGACGAGGAGGCCUGCUUCACGGGCCGCGGGGUGGCCCAGGGCGUGUGGCCCGUCACCAAUAAAGGCUGCGUGGGGGCCACCAGCUGCGGCCGCGAAGAGCCCGUAAGCUACAUGGGCCUCACCUACACCCUCACCACCACCUGCUGCUCCAGCCACCUGUGCAACCACGGCCCAAGCCCCCGGGGCCGCCCCGUGGAGACCGCGGCCAUCAGCCUAGUGCCAGGCCUGCUGCUGCUCCCACACCUGUUGUGAUCCGGGGCUGGGACCGCCGCCCCCGGCCGCCGCGCCACUCCCCACCUGACCCCUCUCCCCCGUUAAAUGGCCAGACGCCCGGACAACCUCUUGUGGCCUCGGCUUCGUCUGUUCGAGGGCUGAGCGUCAGGAGCUGGGAGCUCAGUGAGGUGCUGUGGUGUAUUUUUUUUUUCCUUUGUUUUUGGAGAUAGGGUCUCGCUUUGUGGUUCAGACUGGCCUUGAACUCACUGUGUAGCCCAGGCUGCCAUGGAAAGUGCAGCAAUUCUCCCGCCUCGGCCUCGCCAGUGCUGGGAUUACAGGUGUGCGCCAUCUCUGCCGACUGUAUUACUGCGGGCUCUAAGAGGUGUAUUUUUUUCACCCUGGGGUCAAGAUGCUUCUUUCCACCUGGCAGCCCUUCAGAGCUGACGAAAUCUGCUAUUAGUGAGCACCGCUAAUGGGAGGUGCCAGGUACCACGCUCCCUUCGAGGCCCCCUCGAGGUCAGGAAGGUGGAUAACCCUCCACUCCAAGGCACGCCAGCUUAGCUAGCAGAGGGUUUGGCUUUGGUUUUGGUUUUUGUUUCUUUGCA